AUGUCCGCAUUACCGGGAUCAGUACCGCGCAUGAUGCGACCAGCACCAGGACAAAACUAUUGCACUGGAUUCCCCUUAGAAGUGUCCACUCCUCUGGGUCAAGGUCGUGUGAAUCAGCUCGGCGGAGUGUUUAUUAACGGCAGACCUUUACCAAAUCAUAUCCGCCAUAAAAUAGUGGAGAUGGCGCAUCAUGGAAUUCGGCCGUGCGUCAUUUCACGCCAGCUGCGCGUCUCCCACGGGUGCGUGUCUAAAAUCCUCUGCAGGUACCAGGAGACUGGCUCUAUUCGACCCGGAGCUAUAGGGGGAAGUAAACCCAGGCAGGUGGCAACGGCGGACGUGGAAAAAAGAAUAGAGGAGUACAAGCGCGACAAUCCAGGCAUGUUCAGCUGGGAGAUCAGGGACAAACUGUUGAAGGACGGAGUGUGUGACCGAAGCACAGUUCCCUCAGGUGAGACCAUAUCUGUGAGCUCGAUCAGCCGAGUGCUUCGCGCCCGAUUUGGCAAGAAAGAAGACGAUGAUGAUUGUGAUAAAAAGGAUGAAACUGGGGAAAAGAAGACCAAACACAGUAUAGACGGGAUACUCUCUGAAAAAGGGGGCCGGGUGGACGAUGGCUCAGAUGUGGAGUCAGAGCCGGACCUGCCUUUGAAGAGGAAGCAGAGACGAAGUCGCACCACGUUCACUGCUGAGCAGUUGGAGGAACUGGAAAAAGCUUUUGAGAGGACGCACUACCCUGAUAUCUACACCCGAGAGGAGCUGGCUCAGAGGAUCAAACUCACAGAGGCCCGUGUACAGGUAUGGUUCAGCAAUCGACGAGCAAGGUGGCGUAAACAGGCCGGAGCCAAUCAGCUUGCAGCAUUCAACCACCUACUGCCAGGAGGGUUUUCAGCAACGGGCAUGCCCACACUUCCCACAUACCAGCUUUCUGAACCCAGCUACCCCUCUACCACACUAUCACAAGAUGUCAGUGGCACAGUGCACCGGCCGCAGCCCUUGCCCCCAUCCACUAUGCAUCAGGGCGGCCUUUCUAGCGACAGCAGUUCUGCCUACGGCCUCUCAUCCAAUCGACACGGCUUCUCAAGCUACACCGACACCUUCAUGGGCCAGUCAGCAUCCAGCAACCCCAUGAACCCCGUCAACAAUGGCCUCUCACCACAGGUCAUGAGCAUCCUGAGCAACCCGAGCGCCAUGGCCCCUCAGCCUCAGCAUGACUUCUCCAUCUCGCCUCUGCACAGUGGACUUGAGGCUUCCAACUCAAUCUCAAGCAGCUGUAGCCAGCGCUCGGAGCCCAUCAAGAGCGCAGAGAGCCUGGCCUCAUCCCAAUCCUACUGUACCCCCACCUACAGCUCCACCAGUUACAGCAUGGACCCCGUUGCAGCUGGCUACCAGUACAGCCAGUACGGCCAGACUGUCAGGCUAAGCUUCUCCGGUAUGGACAGUUGGCCCACCCAUAGCUGCUGUGGACUACCUGGCAAAGAACGUGAGCUUGUCCACACAAAGAAGGAUGAAGCUGGGCGAUCACUCUGCCGUGCUGGGACUGCUUCAGGUGGAGACGGGCCAAGCUUAUUGAUGGACUAAUCUUAGGCUUGGAAGACAGUUUCACUAUUUCACCAGCUUUCCUUCAUUCAUCAUGCGUUUUUUUUUUUUUUUUUUUUUUUU